AUAAAAUUCUAAGCUUAAUAAGCAAUAUUAUUAUUGUUGAUUUUGAAAAUUUAUAUCUCAUCAGAACGUAAUGUAAAAAAAAGUUACAGAACAAAAUGAAAUUGAAACCGACUAUUUUUUACUUUCGUAUUUUAUCGAGCUGCAGUUCUAUCCGGUCUAAAGAAAAUCAACUAAUCAAAACUGUAAUCGAACUGUGACUCGAAGCUUAUUAGUCGAGAUAAAUAGCUUGAUUCACAAGUCGAAACCCUACAACAUUCGUCAAUGCUCUAAAAAUUAUAGUAAUCUACAAAUCCGCAGUUGACUAUAGGAGGAGUAGUAUUCGUUCAUUUGUAAUUUCGUAAAAAUAUAUUAUUCAGACAAAGUUAACUGUGUUAAGUGUUAAUAAAACAAAUUAUAAAACAAUUCUAUAUGUCUUAUUAUAUAUUUCCAAUAUAAGAUAAAGCGCAAUAAUGACGCAUUUACAAUAUAUGCCGGGUGACCCGAGACUUGUAGAUCAAUUAGUUUACGAGUUAAAAUCUAAAGGAAUAUUCGAUCAGUUUCGGAAAGACUGCAUUGCUGAUGUAGACACAAGACCAGCAUACCAAAAUCUUCGUCAACGAGUUGAGAGUUCUGUAUCUUCAUUCUUAUCGCGUCAAUGCUGGAAACCCGAUCUGAACAAGAAUCAACUUAGAGAGAAGUUGAGGAAACAUAUCUUGGAUGGCAAUUACUUAGAACAAGGGGUAGAAAGAAUAGUAGACCAAGUGGUCAACCCAAAGGUGGCAUCAGUUUUUAUACCACAAGUAGAAGAUUUAGUUUACAACUAUCUUGGCAUAGUCAGAAAGAAGCCAGUACCUGAUUUGAAUGAAGAGAAUAAUACCAACCUUCUACCGACAGACCUCGAAGCCGUUAGUCCUGGGUCAGUACAUAGUGAUGAUGGCAAAGAUGCCACUGAUACCCAAGAAGUAAUGGAUAUCGAAGAUGGAAAUACUCUUGGAACUGAUAAUGAAACUGAGAAAAAUAUUCAAUACCCAAACACAAUUGAAAUGUGUGUUUUUGAAUCGGAUACCAGCAUUGACAAGAGUUGCAUACCGUUACCUGACGAGAUAUUACCAGAAAAUAUACCGCAACCCGAAAAUAGUCCCCCCAAACUGGAUUUAGACAAAAUUGAACUACCCAAAGAGCCAGAAAGCAUUCAGGCGUCUAAGUUUCAUACUGAUAUGUCAGAUGAGGUAGAUAGGACAGAUAAAGAGUAUUUCAAACCUGUCGCGAGUGAUGACGAUGAUUCUAGUUCCGAUGCGUCUCUGAUCAGAAAUAUGUCCCCAUUGACACCAAUUAGGAAUUUGAAUAACGAGAAUUCUUGCGACGCCCAACAGGCUUUCGAAAACGAUUCAGACGGAAAGGUAGAGGACAACAAAGAACCGUGCACUUUCAGAUUCGCCUUAGAUCAUAAACCAGAUGAGGAUUCAAAAGAUAACACAGAAAAGUCAGACCGCGACCAGACUAAUUUGGCUUUUCAAUUCAAUAAUCAAGUUAAUAUAAAACCUUUCAACACGCCGGUGUCUGACGAUAGUUCAAACAGCAACAACCUUCAGAUCGACUACGAAAGCGAUGCAAACAGUAAAACUAAUGUAGAAAAUAAAAUACCAGAAACCGAAAAUUCUGAGGACGUAAGAAAGGAGAAAAAGGAAGAGAAGAAGAGUAGCAGUCACAAGAGUUCACAUCGUUCGAGAGAUUCCCACAGGCACUCUAGCAGCAGAGACAAAAGAUCUGACUCUAAGUAUUCCAGCUCUAGAGACAGCAGCAGGAACGAUAAAAGUGAUAAAAAGAGUAAAGACGAUAGUAAAUCUAAAUCCAGUCACAGAGAGAGAGAGAAAUCGAAGGACAGAAACGACAAGAAAGAGAGCAGAGACUCAUCGAAACAUCGGAGCUCUCACAAAAGUUCAAGCUCGAAAGACUCUAAGUCUCACAAAAGCUCUAGUCAAAGAAGUAGUAAACACGACGAGAAGAAAUCAUCAAGUCAAAGAGAUAAAAACGAUAAAAGUUCUGAUAAGACUAAAGAUGGUAAGAGUCGAGAUAAGAGAGAUUCCAAGUCCACUUCCCAUCGUUCAGAUAAAGACAGAAAGAGCAGUUCUCAUAAAUCUGAAAAAGAUAGCAAGACUGAUGACAAAAGUAAGAAAAAAGAUAAAAAAGAUACCGACGACCACUACAGCCUGUCUGGUCGAGGAAAUGUGAACAGAAGAUCUACAGACCGCGACUCGAACGACGGCAGCUCAUCAUCGAAAGGCUCCCAUAACCCGCCCAGUUCCAAGUCCAGUGAAAGCAAGAAAGAGACCAAAGGGUCCACGUCUAAAUCUGAUAAUACAUCAUACAGUGGCGAUUCUACAAGCCCCAGCGAUAAAGAAAACCUUAAAACCACCGAAAGCAACACAAUGAAUUCUAGUUUCAAGCCGGCAGUGCAUGUCGACAACCGUCUCGAGCUUCCUGUGACGCCAGUUCCAAGGUUGCCCUUCGUCCCGGAUGUGACAAUUAAAAAACCCAAAUUUGCCGCCAAUUUAGAGGAAGCCAAACGAUUGAUGAAAAUGAGGAGAUUCUUGGAUGAAGAACAGCGUAGGAUGAACCAAGAGGCAGCCCUGCUUCUGGAGUUCCAGGCCAACGUAAGACCAAGUCUGAGUCAAGUCUACUCGAGCAUACCCGGACCAGAGUUGGAAUUUGCUUGCAUCACCAAUGUGAACCACGAGACUCAGGCUGAUAGUAAUACAACUCAAGAUUCUGACGUACUCAAAGACUUUCCUGAUGAUGAGCAAGGCUUUAAAGGGUUUGAAUGUCCUAAAGUCAACGGGCAACGCGAUCUUAGUGAUGAUAGUGACGUAGAAAAGGAUAUAAAACAUUUUGAAGAGCUGAGAAACGAAACAUACGAAGAGAACAAGCCUUUCUCGCAAUUAGUUAACGAGAUAUCGGAAUACAGUCGAGCGUCCGAGAGAAUUAAAAAUAUUAACAACGAAAAGAACACCGAUAAGAUAUACGGAAGCAACGAGAAAUUGGAUGAGAAAUAUAAGAAUGAUUCCGACACUUCGAUCAUUGAUAAUAACGAUGGCGACAGGAGGAAUCUGUUCGAAGUCACCAUUAUAACUGAGGAAUUGUCGGAAAACGAAGACUCCAAUAAAGAGGAUGCCGUGGAAGAAGCUCCAAGUGGUAAACCAGAUGAGGAACUGUUUAAUUAUUUCGCUGAGCACGAAAAAUACGAUUCGGAAAUAGAACGUCACAAAUUCGACACUUUCCUCAAGAAGUACAUGAAGAGACCAGGGAUCAUCAAUAAGUUAUACGUAAUCAACUGCGACAGAUACGUAGAAAAGAUCCUGAAAGAGAUCUCACAGGGUUUUGGUGAUUGCGAGAUCGUGAAUUAUCACAAAAACGGUCACAUAAAACUGCCGAAAAGUAAUGUAAUAAAAGAGGUUCAUUUGCGAGACGAAGUAGUGUUGCCAGUCGAGAAAAUAGAUUUUGAGGAAUCUAAAUCUAGAUCGCCUAUUUUGAGUCCAGUGAAAUCGGAAUGCUCGUUCGAGUUGUCGAGCGACUACGCGGCCAAAUUAGAGGAGAUGGUCAACAGAACUUCAAGGCAAGAAGUAAUGGAGAUUAUAUUGGGCAGCGUAAUGGAGUCGCCAAGUAAAAUGCCGCAAAUCGAUUAUUACGAGGAAUCGACCAUAUUCUGUGACAGUUUGAAACGUAAAAUGGAACCGGAGAGCCCCUCGAAUAUAACUGCACAAGUUCUGACGCCAAACAAGAUCAGGAAACUGAGUGAAUCCGAUCAGAUCACGUCCACAACUGAGGAAACAGAAAAACAUAUAUCAAACAACAGAGUGCAGAACAACUCGAGAUCAAAGUAUUUGGGCAAAGCGAGGAGAGUCGGACUGCCUCGGCCCAAAAAAAAUAAUCUGCCCCACAGCCCGUCCAGCGAUAAGUCGGUCGAAAACUACGAACAGAACGCUCUACAUUCGCCCAACGGAAAAUUGAAGACGACACAGCGCGCGAAAAUACAAAGAUACAGUACAACUGACCUUUACAAACCGAAACUACACUAUUUAUCUCGUAGGAACAAUAUAAGACCGUGAAGUGUUUGUCAUUUUUUUGUAACGUGAAUACUCAUGAGUGCUCACGAGAGCUCACGCCCGGGAAACGAAUACCCAGGGCAUUAACGUUAUGACAGGUGUCGAAAUGUCCUUAAAUUCCCUGUUUGGUGUGUACGCAGCGUGUGCUCAAGAGUACUCACGGUUGGUAAGCUUCUUAAGUGCUCUGUAACUGUGAAUAUUGUUGAAGUUUCUUAAAUUUUAUGCGUUUUAGACUGGAUAUAUUGUAUGCUCACGAGUACUCACAGUAUUAACCGUUUACUUGCAUCGUUAAGGAAAACGGGUUUAAAUUUAAAGAAUAAGUUUGAACCUGCACGUUCCGCUCUUAUUCUAAAUAUCUAAAAACGCACAGACAUCAAUCACCUCCCUUGCUUGAUUCGAAAAAUUUAUCCAAAUUUAAUUAAUAUAUUUUUUUACGAUAAGCAUAGGAAAACGGCGGAAAUUUUUAUCAGUUUUAAAACGUCAUUUUUUUAUUGCUUAUAUGGGUGGGCGAGCUCACAGCCCACCUGGUGUUAAGUGGUUACUGGAGCCCAUAGACAUUUACGACGUAAAUGCCGCCUUGAGAUAUGAAUUCUAAGGUCUCAGUAUAGUUACAACGGCUACCCUUCAAACCGAAACGCAUUAUUGCUUCACAGCAGAAAUAGUAGACAGAAAUAAUUUUUUCCCCAUUACAAUAUCAUUAAAUACACAUUUUUAGUUUUAUUUAAAUCUGACAUUAAACUCUAUAAAGAUUACGAAUAUUUUAGAAUAUUUGAGAUUUCAUUAUAAUUUGAUGAGCCUCUGUGAACAUUUAUUUCGUGUUGCUCAUGUUCAUUGGCUCACAGUCCGUCGGGAGCAGAAGUUAAUAUGAGCCUCCAUUUUAACGUACAGAUUUUUAUGUACAAAAAAUAUAAUAUUUAUUGUCGUUAUUAAGAGUCUAAGAGUCUACCCGCGAGUGAAUCUGUAUAAAUUAGAUUUUACGCUAAAUUAGAAGUAAUUUUGCUUUUGAUGUCUGAUGCGAAUGGAUGGGAUAGUUUAAUUAAGGCGCACUUCGUUAGAAGCGAUACUGCAUGGCUAUACUAGUUGGAUUUUAGGAAUGUAAAUAGUUUUGUGAGAGAACAUUUCAAGUGUGCUCACGAAUGCUCACGGCUUGUAAACCGUUGGCAGUGUAUUAAAACUGUAGUCGUGCGUUAAGAUUCGUAUUCAGGGCCGGAUUUAACGAUAAUGCCACUCCUGAGCACCGGAAAAAAAUUCGCCCCAAUACUGAAAUUUUAAUUAAAAUUAUAGUUUAAAUAUUUUCUUCUUCAACUUUACUAGUUACAACGGCUGCCCCACCCUUCAAACCGAAACGCAUUACUGCUUCACGGCAGAAAUAGGCAGGGCGGUGGUACCUACCCGCGCGGACUCACAAGAGGUCCCGCCACCAGUCAUUUCGCAAAUUAUAAUUUUUAUUGCACGAUGUUAUUCCUUUACCGUGGAAGUCAAUCGUGAACAUUUGUUGAGUACGUAUUUCAUUAGAAAAAUUGGUACCCGCCUGCGGGAUUCGAACACCGGUGCAUCGCUACAUACGAAUGCACCAGACGUCUUAUCCUUUAGGCCACGACGACUACUUAGGUAUGGUAAGGUAUAUCGGCAUCAUGCGGUAUUUGCUCACAAGAUCGGAGUUUCCAUUCAAUUUGUCUAUCAGUACAGAUGUAGUCCUCGUCGCGGCUGAAAAUCGUAAAAUGCUUCUACCUUAUUAGAGGGGAAAAUAAUAAUUGUAAAUAUGCUUUAACAAAAACCGACUUCAAAUAUAAAGAAUAAGAUAUUCCAAAACAAAUUGAUAUACACUAAAAACAAUAAUCAUCGAAAUCGGUUGGCGUGAUAUUGAGUUAUUGAGUUAUUCAUCUAUUUGUCGCGCACGUACGAAUGCAAAUUUAAGACUUAUAUGGUUUUCUCAUGGAUACCAUUAUCAGAACUGGACUAAAUUGUAAUGGGAUCACACGAAAAGCGUCAGCUUUCUAAUAAAAAAAAGAUUCAUCAAAAUCGAUUCACCCAGUCGAAAGUUAUGAGGUAACAAAAAAAAAAAAAACAUACAGUCGAAUUGAGAACCUCCUUUUUUGAAGUCGGUUAAAAAUAUUAUCAUUGUAAGCAAAAGUAUUGAUUUAAAAUUGCAGUACAUUGCGUGCUUAUUUUUAUCAGGCCUUUUCUCUUUCUUUCUGUGUGGGUAAUGUAAAGUGUACGGUUAUAGUACAGUUUUGACAUUGUUAAUGUUGCCCUGAAAGAAUAUGUGAUUUGUGAAUGCUUAAUUUCUUCAAAGCUCUGUAAUAAUGCAGCUUAGAUGUGUUGUACAGUAAUUACUCGUAAUGCAUUGUAGAUUUAUUUUUGAAAUAAAAUGUGGAGUCAUGACAAGGAAUGUUUUUUUGUUGAUUAAAUAAAUAAGAAUCGAUUUAAAAAAUAUAUAUACAUAUAUAAAUUCGGAUUUAGAAUUUAAUAUUCCACAACUGUAUAUUAUUUUGUAACGGAAAAAUAAAUUAUCAUUACUAAAUUUAAUGUUAAAUUCAUUGAUAUUGGUUACAGCUCGCGGGGAUAACUCAUGUCCGUCGAACUAACUCAAAACGAUCGCUUUAUUACAGAUUUGUGCAUUGGUUCACUGAAAAAAGGGUGUUUUUUGUGAAGUCCUCUUAAAUCAAAUAGUUUUUUUGUAACUUCCCCGAAUUUUUGCAUCCUUGCUGAAUGUCAAAACAAACAUGUAUCGGCUCUACAAAUCUUGUCAAUAUUUUUUUUCUCCUACAUAAGCUGGAUGACUUGAGAGGCUAUGCCAGCGUAACUGAUGGCGUAGGUGAGCUCACGGGGCUCUAACCUGACCUAGCAAGAGCCGUGCUUCGCAGAAUGUACCACCGGCUCGGAAACGCGACCCACUGAGAAGAUCCGGCGAGAAAGUCAGUGGGCUGUUUCUAUAGUUUAGAAUUGUCAUAAACGUGAACUAGAUAAUUACCGAAUCUAUAUACGAGCCGUCAACGUUUUACAGGAUCUAUAUGAAAAAAUACACAUGUCGCCAUAAGUUAGGUAUAAAAUGUAUACAAUUCAUGUUGCGUUUGAUCGGAGCGAUAAAAGUGAAGUAAAUGAUCGAUCGAUGCGUGCAAGUUAUUUCCGCGCGUUUUAUGAUUCUGUGAUAGCCACGAGAAAGAACAAUUUCAUUCAAGAUCAGAGAAAUCAUUAAAUCGAAAAUAUAUACAGAUAGCAAUAAGUUAAAAUAGAAUAAAUGGUUUAUUUAUGAAAUGUAAAGAAAAAGAGUUGGAAGACUUAUGAAGUAAUUUCAUUGUUAAAUUAGUUAAUUAAAUUUUUUAUUAACAAUAAGUAUUAUUUAAUAAAGUUUUAUUGUAACUAA